AUGCCCCUUGUUCCAGAUGUGCCAGAGACGCGUCUAACCGGCAUCCCCACGACUGACGUCGAAGACCUCAAGGAUUCGAUUACAAUCAGAUGCGAGGUCACCGCCAAUCCAAGAGCGUCGGUCGUGUGGCGGCGCGAGGGUCAGAAUCAACCGGCGAGUUUGCAGGAACUUUUGCAAUUUACUCCUGCUAUUAGACAACAUUCCGGCCUUUAUACAUGCCAUGCACGUAACAAAGCCGGAGAUUCGCAACCUAUCAGGGUUCAUGUCGACGUUAAAUGUAAGUAG